AUGAAGCGGAAAGUCACUCCUUUGCAAGCACGUUUAGAUAGCUUGGCUGAGGGAAUCUCAAGAUACGGUUUCUUGGCCGCGCUUGUGCUUUUCGUGGUUUUGCUUAUCCGUUUUGGUAUCAACUUGCGUCCUGGUGGUCUGUUGUCGCAUGAGACAGGUGCCGAGAAGGGUAAAAAGUUCGUCGACAUUCUUAUUGUUGCCGUUACUAUCGUUGUCGUUGCUGUUCCAGAAGGUUUGCCUUUAGCAGUGACGUUGGCACUUGCGUUUGCGACAACCAGGAUGGCACAGAAUGGUAACUUGGUCCGUGUCUUGCGCUCAUGUGAAACUAUGGGUGGCGCUACUGCCGUCUGUUCCGACAAGACAGGUACCUUGACCGAAAAUGUCAUGCGCAUUGUCCGUGGGUUCGUUUCGCCUCAACUUCUUUUCAACGAUCAGGUCGAUGCAGUUGACACUCCAAAACUGACACAAUUUGUCGAAGAACUCCCAGAAGAUUUGCGUGUGUACAUCACCUCCAAUAUCGUCCUCAACUCGACGGCAUUUGAAAACCCAGACUAUGACGCAGCUCAAGCGGCACGCGCACGCCAAAAGCCACAGCAACGCCUGUUGAUCUACCAUUUGCUUCACAAUGACCAAGAGAAGAGACAAAAGGAACAACAGCAGUUAGGUGUUGUUUCUGAACCUUACUUAGGUAACAAGACUGAAAGUGCAUUGUUGCUUUUGGCACAAAAUCAAUUUGGUCAAUUCGAUAAGGAAACUUUGGCCACCCAACGUGCACGGGGCAAUGAAGAAAUUGUCCAAGUUAUUCCAUUCGAGAGUUCGCGGAAAUGGGCUGGUAUUGUCAUGCGUAUUGAAGGUGGCUUUCGUCUUUAUGUUAAGGGCGCUGCGGAAAUUGUGUCUAAGAAUUGUGGGUUCCACAUUCAAGAUGGUAAAGUGGAACGUUUGGACCGCUCAUCGCGUGACGCUGUUCUCAACAAAAUCGACGAAUAUGCCAACGACGCUUUGCGUGCCAUCAUGUUGGCACAUCGUGACUUUGCUGGUGAGUCCAGCUGGCCACCUUCAUCUCUUGCAGACCCAAAGAAUCCAGCUCAGGCAAAACCAGAACUUCUCGUGGAUGUUGCAGCGAGCUUCCCUGCGGGUGGCGCUGCCCUCACUAUGGACUUUCUUGUCGGUAUCCAGGACCCUUUGAAGGAAGGUGUUCCCGAGGCCGUUGCGCAAUGUAAAAUGGCUGGUGUGACUGUCCGUAUGGUUACAGGAGAUAACUUGGUUACUGCGAAGGCUAUUUCGCGUGGAUGUAACAUUCUCACACCAGAAGACCUGUCACAUGUGCACGCAUGUAUGGAAGGUCCAGCAUUCCGGGCAUUGAGUGACGAAGAGCGUAGAGCCAUUGUGCCUGAGCUUCGUGUGUUGGCACGGUCGCUGCCUGAAGACAAGAGGAUUUUGGUGCAAACUCUUCGUGCCGCAGGAGAGGUUGUUGCUGUGACUGGAGAUGGUACAAACGAUGCUCCGGCGUUGAAGUUGGCUGAUGUUGGUUUUUCUAUGGGUAUCAGUGGUACAGAAGUUGCACGUGAAGCCUCUGAUAUCAUUUUGAUGACAGAUGAUUUUACUGACAUUGUUCAGGCCAUCAAGUGGGGUCGUACAGUUGCUGAAUCCAUCAAAAAGUUUAUUCAGUUCCAGUUGACUGUCAACAUCACUGCAUGUGUGUUGACUUUUGUUUCUGCUGUGGCUUCGUCCAGUGGACACUCUGUGUUGACUGCAGUGCAGCUCUUGUGGGUCAAUUUGAUUAUGGACACACUUGCUGCGUUGGCAUUAGCUACAGACAAGCCUGAUGACGCAUUGUUGAACCGGAAGCCAGCCGGCCGCACAGCGCCAUUGAUCUCUGUCUCGAUGUGGAAAAUGAUUCUUGGACAGCUGAUGAACCAAUUGAUCAUCACCUUUGUGUUGCACUUUGCCGGUCACCAGAUUUUCUUUGGUGGACGCGCCAUCUCAAACCACGAGAACAAGCAAUUGGAUGCUAUGACCUUCAACACAUUUGUGUGGUUGCAGUUCUGGAAGUUAUUUGUCACUAGAAAGUUGGACGAAUGUGCCGACGUGCGCACGAUCCGUGGCAGAAUCAAUGCGGAGAACUUGAACUUUUUCGCCCACUUGUUCCGUAACUGGUACUUUGUGGUUAUUGCCUUACUUAUUGGCUCGAUGCAAGUUUUGAUCAUGUUUGUUGGUGGUGCUGCGUUCACCGUGGCGCGUCAAACCCCUGCCAUGUGGGCCACCGCCAUUAUUGGUGGCACCUUAUCGCUUCCUGUGGGUGCGCUCAUCCGUAUAGUGCCUAACCAUUGGGCCGUGCGGAUUUUCCCUACGCGGGCAUUUAACACAUUCAUCUACUUUGCGGGCUUCCACUUCUUGAGCAAGAAGAACCGGGCGGCACGCGCCGAACGAGACCUAGAAAAGGCGCUGGAGCCCGAGUCCGAGACGGAAACCAACGAGAGCGCCGCGAAGGAGAUAAAGUAA